GGAAGAUCCUUGUGAAGAAUCCCUGGGAGAUUUGGAGGAGGAGAUUGAUCGCUUCCUCAAUGGCUUGCGAACUGUGCCAUGCUCGGCCCGGCGCAGAAGUCUGCUGCCAGGAGGAUGUGACGUUGAGAUCCGUAAGAAGCGGCAGGUGUUGCAGUCCCGAGGCAAGUAUGCCGGUCUAAGACAUAAAUUGAUCUCAGAAAGAACCAAUCUUUUGGUGACCGACUUGCAGCAUGAUCCUUUGGAAGAGAAUUUUUUCACUGCGAAGCAUGUGCAGAUUGAAGGAUCCAGUGCCUCCAUGUUCCUCAAUCGUGCUUUUCCGGGCCUCAAAGAUGAAACCAUUGACCCAUCAGUGAAAUUUUUCAGCGAGUUGUGCACUUGGGUGACACAACUGCCACCUGGGAAACAACGCUUAGAUGCCCUCAUGCAGCUAUGCUCUGAUUGCCAACUGGAGCCACCGCAGAAGGUAGUGAAAAAUGCAGCUGCUACUGCAAAGAUGGCAGCCCACCAACACCGGAAGCGUGUAGCUGUACAGAUCAGCCCUGCAGAGUAUCAGAUUGAGGCUGGUUUUUUCCUGUCACAGUCAGAUCAGCCGCUGCCACAAAUCCCUGAAAUCCGUGCCAAAAGCACUGGUGUUGUUUUGCUGACGCUGGACAAGGCCAAGCAAUGGGUUAGUGAAGGACAGACCAUUUCCUCUGACGAGCUUGCAAUGACCGUUGUGGGUGAGCACCAACUCCAGUGCGGACUCCCACAUGAAAUUGCGCACGUACCUUGCAAGGAUAUGUCUCACCGUCCUGUGAUCAUGAAAGCCACAUUGGUGCAAUUAGGUGAGAAAAAAGUGAAAACACAAGCUGGGAAACACCCUGCCAUCGUUGAAGAUGAGACGUGUACAAUCUCGAUCACUAUGUGGAAAUCAGACUGGAAGACGGAAGAUUGGGCAUUUCUUGUGGACCAUCCUUUUGCCUUUGCCCGACAGGUUUUGAAGAACCAAGGACAGCCGGACAUCUUGCAGUCCACAUGGGGGAAAUCCCUGCGUCACAUGAAGAAUCCUACCACAGCACAACAUGCCACUUCGGUGCAAUUUCAUGCCACAGUGAAGUCAGAACACAUGCGUGACUUACUGGCUUUGUCUGGGUUCAACUAUUUGUGGAUCGUACCAAAGACUGAGAAGGGGCGACUUGACUUGAAGUGGCGCAUUCUGUGGAUUGAAGGAAACUUUGCCCAUCUCAACACGGUGGCAUCACAGACACAAGGUUGUGCAGGCAAACCUGUGCCGCAAGCCAUGGACACACAGAACCUGUUUCAGGUACAAUGCCUCCCAUACGGAUGCAGUGCUGACAUGCUUCACAAAUGGUCACAGUUGAUCCAGUGGGAAUUUCGAGCCAUUCGAGCAGUUGGGCCAACUUCUUGGCUCAUUGGAAGCAAGUCCAUGCCACCAGAAGGUAUCCACACCUUCAACAGUCGACCUGUGCUCAUCAAAUACUUACCGCCUCGAGACUCAUUGCAGAUGGCAGCAGGUGAUGCAAGCAGUCCCACUGAAGCGAGAUUCCAAGAGCAUGCAAACAAGCUCAAUGAGCAAGAGACCAAGCUGCAGCAAAUUGAACACGCACUCACAAAGCUACAAAAGGACACACAGCAUGAGUUUCAGCAGGUCCAGGUGCAAACCUUUCAGCAAGCCAAUGGCAUGCCGAUGCCGGCCAUUCCUGAGCUCAGUGAUGCAUUUGAAACCAACCUACAGGACUGGAUGGAUGCCAUUGCCACUGCCAAAGCCACAUCCUCACCAGGCCCUCACCUCUUUGUCAUUGUCCAAUCAGUCAAAUUGGCCAGAAAAGUUUUGCGAACACUUGACAACGACAUGCGUCAGGUCUUUCUGUUGUUGCAUAAGUUCAAUCCCAAACAAAGACUCCUGCUCUUGCGUGAGAUCGCAGGUCAUGACGAUUUUGACUUGCUUCAACGUCUUUUUCCACUGGUGACAUGUCACAAGAAG